AUGACCAACCAAAAAUGCGCCGUCAUAAUAUCUUGCUUCCCAGGCGUCGGGAAGACCGCCCUCCCCGGGCUGAGCCAUGACGGGAGCUUCGUCAACCCGGAGGGGAAGUACGCAAUCUACGACGUCGAAACCAUGGCGCAGGACCCAAAGAGCGAGGAAUACUGGCAGACAAUAGAAACGCUAGCCCAGGAGGAGGACGCGGUCGUGCUCGUCGCCGCCAGCGGGGACGCCCACCGCCAGCUUCUGUCGCGGGGCCUGCGCUUCGUCUGCGUCCACCCGGGCGUGGACAUCAAGGACGAGUACCUGCGGCGGUACUUCGACCGGGCCGGGAUCGACAGAACCUGGAUAUCGCUGUAUAGGUACUGGCAGGAAAAGAUAGAGGAGCUGCAGGUCAGGUCUGACGGGGCGUGUAUGUACUUGGAGCUGACGGCUGGGGAGGACCUGGAGGAUAUGUUGCCGUAUAUCCCGGCUGGAGUUGAGGAAGGCGCCUUCUGA